AUGCCUGGUCUGGAAAUUCCUGGAGAAUUCUUGCGGCACGCAGUCCUAGAAACGGUUGUGCCUCAUGCCCCAGGGCUCGAUCUAGAGGGGGCCCUGACCUCCGCAUUGGAAGAUGGCGCAGAUGAUCUGCCGUCCGUUCUAGCCUCAAUUCCUCAGCGAUCUAUCCUUUUCUUUGACGAAAGCCUUCCCGUCCGCAUUGUCCUCCGUCUCUCCGACUGCACCGAAGCUAUUCUUAAACAUUACUUGCCUCGCCUGGAAGUAAGGCUUGAUGUCUAUGCUGUAGACCCAGCAGAUUCCGUUGCAGAAAAUCCAACGCCUACUCGGGAGGCGAUAUUCUCGGGGGUUGUGGAUUUGGACGAGGAACCACUGGUGAUUUUCAACGAAUUCGAAGGCGAGGAUGGUACAGCUGGAAACCAUGUUUAUCUCAUAUGGAGCAUUGGCAGCUUCCUCAAGCGCCCGCGGAACCGCAUCCAUCAGCCCUCGCUUUUGUUUAUCGGCUCGGCCACCUUAAACUCUUCAGAGGGUUGCCGAACAGAAGACCCCGAAGAUGACUACCUCCCUCCUCUUGUCCCUGCAUCGACGAAUAUGCUCCAGCCCCUGGCAGGUGAUAAAUCCCUUGCCCACAAAGAUCCAUUCCUCCCCGCAUCUAGAUUGCUGCGCGUGGUGCCCACUGCCUACAGUGAAGACCCCAUCUAUAAUAUUCAGCAGCAGCAUGGCCAUCCAUUCCGUAUAGUACCUGCAGCCAGUGCAAGGAUUCGAUACUCAAGGCUCAGCUCUUACACAGGUGUCCCAACGACGGUUGCUAGUCUCGAUUUUGAGGUAACUCCGUUCUUGAACUGUGAAGUCUUGUUCGACAAAGCAGAGUUGAAAUUAUCUGAGGGAGCCAUUGAAUCCAUGUCUGACAUUCCUGGUCUCACUCUUCCGUUGACGUGCCGCCCAAGAGACGACGUGACCCUGGUUUAUAAGCUCACCCCCGAGUAUGGCCCAGAGACUAACCCUUCAUCCACCGCCGUGGUGAGUGUGCUGGAGAUUUCCCUUGGUGCAGUGAUUCUUUUGUCGGAGGAUUGCCAACCACGAAUUUCCAUGGAAUGGAAGACGAAUGUUGAUUUUUCCUUGGCCCUCAAUCCUACCUUUGGUGGCCCCAGUACGGCUUUACAGAGGACAAAUCGCCCCACGAGUCUAUCUGUGUCGGGCCAGCCACCAGCGGCCAGUGCCAGCCGUAGCUCCCUACGAGAGCGCGCUUACUCUGUUACGGACGUGGGCGUUACUAUUUCCUUCACUGGGCCGGUCCGAGUGCAAGUUGGUUCACCAUUUUCAUGGGGUGUUUUCAUCGUGAAUCGCUCUAAUGUGCCACGAAAAUUUGCAUUGAUCGUCAUUCCGCGUCGCAAGCGCGUUGAUCCGCGGGGCCAUGUUGCUCGUCCUUCCUCCGCGUCUAUUUCUAGUAGAAAAGAAGAUCAAGUAGCUGAGGCCGUGACAGACGAUAAUAUCGUGCAUGCGAUGCAAAAGAGUGUUGUGGGUCAAGAAGCCGAGUUGAUCAGUUUGAGUACCGAUAUCCGGGUGGGCCCCCUGUUGCCUGGAACCUGUCACUCCACCGAAAUCAAAUUACUUCCACUUGCUACUGGCCCUCUGCAUCUAGAGGCUGUGCGACUAGUGGAUGUGAAUACGAAUGAAACGACCGAUAUUCGAGACUUGCCGGAUAUUCUGGCUGAUGACCAACCUCGAUCUUAG